AUGGCGGACGCUGCAGUUGGGGAAGCAGGUCAGGCCACCAGCUGCAUAGCCUCCAAGCGGGACUAUCGAACUCGCACGAUGUCUAUACACAGGGAAGAUGAAGACUCAGAAAGGUCGCGUCUUUUACCGGCACAGCAGGUCCCAACUCGACCACCUCUCAUCAGACGGAACACAUUACAAUCGCCUCGCUCGAUCAUGGUGUUACUGCUCGUCGUGGUGAUGCUCACAUCCUUUGGAAACCAGCUUAGAGAAAGUCCGGAAACACGCAUCUUCGAAAGUGUGAUUUGCUACCGUUACUACGAAUCCGCCGACCCAAGCAAGCUCAACGCAGGACGAAAUGUCGUCGGUCCUGGAGCGAUGGGAGGCGUGGAUGAGAUGUGGUGCAAAGCAGAUGCGGUACAAGACGAUCUCGCGAUGCUCGAUGGUUAUCAAAACUUCCUGGACGGCUUUCCAGCUCUUCUCUUGGCUCUUCCGUUCGGCUGGGCCGCCGAUCGAUUUGGAAGAUGGCCUUUCCUCUUCGUUGGACUCAUCCAGAUCGCCGUCCGUGCCAUCUGGGUUCAGCUGGUGACUUGGCGUUGGCAGGCGUUCGACAUACGUGUGACAUGGUUCCAGUCCGUGUUUGCGCUUCUCGGCGGUGGUGAUGCCACUAUAUCAGCAUACUUCUUCACGGCAAUAGCGGACAUCACGCCUGAGCAAGAUCGAGCUGCGGCCUUCCUUCGAGCCGGAGCUGCGAACAUGGCCGCGAAUCUAUGUAUGCCCCCUCUCUCAGCCGCACUCAUGACGAUCAAUCCUUGGAUACCAGCCAUCAUGGGUACGGUGCUAGAGCUUUUGGCAGUGGCUUUGUUCUUGGUGGUCCCCGAGACGUUGGACUACUAUCGCCCUGUGUCGUCGGUCGAGUCAGCAGGCGACGGACCUGAAGAGGCGGAACAGCAUCCUGACCACAGACCUGGAGUCGCGAAUCUUCUCAAAACACAGCUCAUAGCAAUCCAGUCCGCCAUAUCGUUCCUUACGACAGACUGGCGCGUUCCUGCCUUGGUCUUACCUUUCGCCGCGCACAUUCUGAUAGCGAACACUGGUCGCCUAGUGCUCCAAUACGUCAGCAAGCGUUAUGCCCUUACUUUCGCAAAAGGCACCUUGCUGGUGACAGUUCGUAACGGUGUCACUGUACUUCUGCUGUUUAUCAUCCUGCCAUGGCUGUCAAAGACCGUGAUGCGAAGAUAUGGCCUCUGCAUUCAGAAGAAGGAUCUGUACCUUGCACGACUAUCGCAGGUCUUACUGGCGCUUGGAUGGGUCGCUGUCGCUGCGAGUCCGAAUGUGGUCACUGCCACUAUCGCCCUGUCGAUUGCGAGCUUCGGCGGAGGAGCAGCACUGCUCGUGAGAAGCUUUUUGACGACUUUGCUCCCGUCACAUCACAUCGCGAGGGUGUACAGUGUUAUCAGUGUGAUUGACACAUUGGGCAUCAUGUUCGGAGCGCCUCUACUCGCGGGCCUUUUCUCAGAAGGACUGGCCCUAGGAGGAGGCUGGGUGGGCCUACCGUUCUACUUCAUCGGAUUGCUCUCGGCAUUCUUUGUUGCGCCGUUGUUUGUGGUAGGUCUAAGGAAGGGCCAGGGAGAAAAUGGCAGCACGGAUGAAGCCGGUCAGUAG